AUGCUCCAAGGACGCGUUGGACGUGCUGCUGCCUUGCUAGGUGCUGCUACUGCGGCACUGGCUGCAACGACCGUUGUGGUCAACGGCACGGCAAGUCAUGCUAUCCCUUCUACGCUUUAUGGACAGAUGUUUGAGGAUAUCAAUGGCGGAGAUGGUGGUUUGUACGCCGAGUUGCUGCAGAACCGUGCUUUCCAGCAAGUAACGCCUGGCGAUGCAACCGCAUUGUAUGCAUGGGCUGCUGUCAACGGAGGAAACAUCACUGUCAUUGCCGAUUCUGACCCGGUGUCAUCUGCGCUGCCGAACUCUUUACAGCUGACCAUCCCAUCGGGCGCAUCUGGUUCAGUCGGAUUUGGAAACGAAGGCUACUAUGGUAUCAACGUCAAUUCCUCUUGGACGUACAACGCUUCCUUCUACUAUCGCUUCCCCGAGGCGUCUGACUUCAGCGGUGACGCCACUGUCGCACUUCAAAGCGCAUCCGGCGAGGUCUAUGCGUCCGCGCAGAUCCCUAUCAGCGGCUCCCAGACGACGUGGACGCAGGUUUACGCGCAACUUACACCGAGCACGUCACCGUCGAGCACCGCAAAUAACUUCACCGUCACGUUCAACUCGUCCGCUGCUGGCAACACGAUCAACUUUGCUAUGUUUUCGCUCUUCCCACCCACGUUCAAGAACAGGGCGAACGGUAUGAGAAUCGAUGUUGCCGAGGCACGCUAUAUCGCGUUGCUCACGCUUCAAAUAUUACUCAUGCGCCCUUCGUUCUUCCGCCUUCCCGGAGGCAACAACCUUGAGGGUCAGAGUGCCGCCACUCGAUGGAUCUGGAACAACACUGUCGGGGCUCUAGUCGACAGACCUGGUCGUGUCGGUGACUGGGGCUACAUCAACACUGAUGGCCUGGGCCUCUUGGAGUACUUGUAUUGGUGCGAGGAUAUGGAGAUGGAGCCGUUCAUGGCCGUUUGGGCUGGCUAUUCACUCGACGGCACAUCCCUUCCCGAGGACGAGCUCGCGCCGUACAUCCAAGCAGCCAUUGAUCAGAUCAACUUUGUGAUUGGUGAUCCCUCUGAUAGUUCAGCAGCUGCCCUUCGCGCGUCUCUUGGGCGUGAAGAGCCUUUCUCACUUACAUAUGUGGAAGUCGGAAACGAGGACUUCUUUGCAUCAGAGUCGUACAUUUACCGCUGGCGAGACUUUGCGGGAAACCUCACCGCCGCGUUCCCCCAGCUCAAGUUCAUUGCGACCGCCUACCCGUUCAAUCCCAUCCUCGAUCCCACACCGCAGCAGUAUGACAACCACGUCUAUCAAACUCCUGACUGGUUCGCCGAGAACUCAUUCUACUAUGACGACUUUGAGCGCAAUGGCACAUACUACUUCCAAGGAGAGUAUGCUGUGACUUCCACCAAUGCCAGCGACUUGUACGGAACUACCGCCGACGGCCGCUUGAUGUACCCUACUAUUCAGGGCAGUAUCGGCGAGGCUGCGUAUAUGACUGGGUUUGAGCGCAAUGCAGACAUUGUGUUUGCUGCAUCAUAUGCACCUUUGUUGAUGAACGUCGCCGAUGGCGCAUACCAGUGGACACCUAACCUGGUUGAGUUCGACGCCGCCAAUGCUUACAAGUCAACGAGCUUCUACGUCCAGCAGCUCUUCAGUCUCAACCGCGGCACCGAAUACUUGCCUAGUACGCUGCCCGAUCCGAGUGGCACUGUCUUCUGGAGUGUGACAAGCGACUCCAGUACGCUCGCCAUCAAGCUCGUCAACUAUGCGAACACAACAGAGGAUGUGACUUUCCAGCUUCCGUUUGCCGUUUCGUCAUCUGCGACUGUCACAGUUCUAACUGGUGACCCAACUGCGAGCAACACACCGACAAACCCGAACCUCGUCACGCCUACAACGACUGCCGUGACUAUUGCACAGGCGUUCAACUACACUGCACCGGCGUACAGCCUUAGCGUGCUCAAUAUUGAAUUGUCCUGA